AUGGCUUUCCUCUCGAUCCAGUCGGCUCCCUCGGCCGGCGAGAAUAUGACCAACUCUUGCAUGGCCGCAACAUGUGACAAAUGCGGCAAGACCACCUGGCGUGGAUGUGGCCGACACAUCGAUGCCGUUUUCGCCAACGUUCCCGUCGAACAACGCUGCACUUGCCCGCGAUCCUGA